AUGGCUUCGGAGCAGGAGGUGCGCGCCCGGCUCCGGCGCGCCGGCCAGGAGCACCUCCUGCGCUUCUGCGCGGAGUUGGCGCCGGGACCGCGCGCCGCGCUGCUGACCGAGCUGGAGCCGCUGGAGCCCGAGGCGCUGCGCGAGCACUGCCAGCGCGCGGCCGCGGCCUGUGCGCGCCCCCCGGGCCCGCCGCCCGACCUGGCCGCGCGCCUGCGGCCCCUGCCCCCCGAGCGCGUGGGCAGCGUCAUCCGGAGCGACCCCGAGGCGCGGCGGCUCUGGGAGCAGGAAGGUUUCCACCAGAUCGCCCUGAACAAGGUGGCCGUGCUGCUGCUGGCUGGUGGGCAAGGCACUCGUCUGGGUGUGACCUACCCCAAGGGCAUGUAUCAGGUGGGGCUGCCCAGCCAGAAGACCCUGUAUCAGCUGCAGGCAGAACGGAUUCGGCGGGUGGAGCAGCUGGCUGGCGAGCAUCAUGGGACCCACUGCACAGUGCCCUGGUACAUCAUGACCAGUGAGUUCACGCUGGGGCCCACAGCCGAGUUCUUUAAGGAGCAUGACUUCUUUCAUCUGGACCCCAACAACGUGGUCAUGUUUGAGCAGCGCAUGCUGCCUGCUGUGACCUUCGAUGGCAAGGCCAUCCUGGAGCGGAAAGACAAGGUUGCCAUGGCCCCAGACGGCAACGGGGGCCUGUACCGAGCGCUGGCGGACCACCGGAUCUUAGAGGACAUGGAGCGCCGAGGCGUGGAGUUUGUGCACGUGUACUGUGUGGACAACAUCCUGGUGCGGAUGGCGGACCCCCUCUUCAUCGGCUUCUGCGUGCUGCACGGCGCGGACUGUGGCGCCAAGGUGGUGGAGAAGGCAUACCCUGAGGAGCCAGUGGGCGUGGUGUGCCAGGUGGACGGCGUCCCCCAGGUGGUGGAGUACAGUGAGAUCAGCCCCGAGACCGUGCGCCUUCGCGCGCCCGACGGGGGUCUGCUCUACAACGCAGGCAACAUCUGCAACCACUUCUUCACGCGGAGCUUCCUCCAGGUGGUCACCAGGCAGUUUGAGCCCUUGCUGAAGCCACACGUGGCUGUGAAGAAGGUCCCGCACGUGGAUGAGGAGGGGAAUCUGGUAAAACCGCUAGAACCGAACGGGAUAAAGAUGGAGAAGUUCGUGUUUGAUGUGUUCCAGUUUGCUGAGAACUUUGUGGCCUUUGAGGUGCUGCGGAAGGAAGAGUUCUCCCCUCUGAAGAAUGCUGACUCAGCGGACAAGGACAACCCCACCACGGCCCGGCGGGCCCUGCUCACCCAGCAUUACCGCUGGGCCCUGCAGGCGGGGGCCCACUUCGUGGAUGUGCAUGGGGCCCGGCUUCCCGACCUGGCCAGCCUGCCCAGCACUGGAGAGCCUCCGGCCGUGUGUGAGAUCUCACCAUUGGUGUCCUACUCUGGAGAGGGUCUGGAAGUGUACCUGCAAGGCCGCGAGUUCCAGUCCCCACUCAUCCUGGACGAGAACCAGGUCAGGGCACUGCAGCCCUGACUGGCUCCCAGACCUGGUAGCCCUGGGGUCCGCAGGAGUGUGGAUGUGGUCCUGACCCAGGGCUCCGGGUAGGAACCCAGGCGGCUGUGCCUUUCUGGACCAUGGGACACAGAAGGAAGAGCCCUGGUUCACGAGAGGGGGACCUAUCCUGUCACUGGAUCCCAUAGACACAAGUGAUUGCAGGCCUUCUGUGGGCCAGUGAGAACUCCAGCACCAAUAUUGGCUGUGGGGUCCAGGUGGGAGGCAGAGGGACUCUGGACCUUGGACGGUGGGGCUGAAGGAGCUGCGGCAUCAUCGAAUACGAGCAGCGGCGCUGCCUGUGAGCUGACAUAGGACAACGGCUUCUCUGGGGAAUACCAGCCACACCCAGCUUUUCUACAGAUGUAACAGAUCAGAUGAGAGGCGGGGGCGCUGUCCUUCCCUCACAGGGUGACUUCUUUAGAGGGGACUGCCCCCUCCCUCCCUGGCAGCUGACCCAGCAACUGGGAUGAGGCUGGGGGGUCACAGCCCAGCCUGCUGGCUGAGCUGACAGCAGAAGGGGCCUGAUUCAUCACCAUAAAGAGCUAGCUUCACCAGGGAGAGAAGCUCGGUCUGCACACCUAAGACUGAAUUCUUUCCAUUCUCUUUGAGGCCUCAGCCCUGUCAUGUCUGCGGCUGGCUUAGGCUGCUGUUUUAGGUGCUUCUUCCAAGAACUAGCGGGACCAGUAUGCGUGGCCGCCUCAGGUGGUCAUUAAUCUGGAAUUUAACUAGAUGGGGAGUGCCAUCCGUCAUCCAGACUACCAGUAGCUUCUGAUCAUGGUGCUCACACUCCUCCCCUGCUGUAUGGAGUGGCAGGGGCACCCUUCCUGCACCCCUGCAGCCUGGCCGAGGCUGCAGGAAGCCAGCUGGUCCUGGUCUCUUGUCCCGGCUUUGCUGCUCUGGGCCCCAGUGCCUCCUUCCCCUCUGGACACAGCACAGGGGCAUCUACCUCCCUGCCGAUGUGAGGAGCAGCACGCAGUGCAGCCUGCUGCUAAACUGCACCUCCGCUUGUCUGCCUGCAGGGGAGCCAUGGCUUCCCCAGGGCAAGAAUGUUAUCAGUGAUGGGUGCAGGUGCAGCUGAUUUCUCCUCCAGUGGCUUGAAUGGCACAGUGGCUUCAUCUACACAUCUCGAUCUGGGCACAAUGGCAGAAUAACAGCCAUGCCCAGGCCUCCCAGUCUCUUGCAAACCUCAAAAUCAAACCAUGUGCCUUAGGAUCCUCUUCUCUGCUGCUCUGCAGACCAGCUGGGGGCCUAGGGUAGAAGAGGGUCUACCCAGGUGGAGGCCCAGGUCCAGGGUCGUGCCCCGAGCUGCUCCUCACUACCACAACUGGGACACUGUGCAGUCUCUCCAAGUAGAGUUUGCUGGGAAAACUAUUGAAACAGCUCACUUAAAGAAACAACUUAUUUUCAAAUAAUUAUACCUUCAUGUAAAGUUUCAAACAGCACAGAGGUCCCAGGUACCCUUCACCGAGUUUCCUGCCACCUUUAUACCCCUGCCCCAUCUCUAACCCCAGAAAAAACAGUGUUUGAAAGAUUGCCAAACUUGAUUUUCCAUACAAGGUGGGGGGGGUUACCAAUAAACACCACACGCUGUGGUUGAUUCCUUUGCCUGGAGAAUGCAGUCUUUGACCAGUGUGUGU